UAUUAACUAAAAAUCAGCUUAACCCUAUUGGUUUAUAUUUAAAUUUUAUGAUCAUUUAACUAUGUUAAGUUUUUCUGUUAAUAAAAAAAGGUUUUUAUUUAGCAUUCUUUUAACAUUAGUGAGUCGUUUAAUUGAUUAAAAAGCCUUCUGGACAUUAUCUAAGGCAAUAGUUUAAUUCAUAUAAGUAAACAUUAUAUAUAAUAUUAUUCAUUUUUUAAAAAAGGUUAAAUAUAAAGAAUAAUAAAUUUUUAAUUUAAAUUUGUUUAAAAAAGGCUAUUAAUUAUUUUCUAAAAAAAUAUAACAAGAAAUAUCGUGAAAAAUGUAUUUUUAUAUUCUUAAAAAACACGAAAAAGCUUACACAUGACUUUAUUUUAAUCAAAGAUUAUUUUUUUUAAUAAAAAAACUAUUUUUAUAAACAUGAAAAUAAUUCAAUAUCGUUUUUUAGCGCUAAUAACAAAAGUUAUUUUGAUUAAAAACGUAAUUUGAAUAUACGAUGCAUUAUUUAUAUGAAAUGUCAUAUAAAAGAAAGUCCUAAAAAACUCAAAAAGUAAAAAAGACAGUUUAAUAAUUAUUUAUUAUACUA